CACCAAACCCCCUCCCCCCCCAAAGACCGCGACGGCCAAAAUGUGCCAAUACUGGAUCGUGGAUUACCCCUGUUGUCACAUCCGUACCCAACUCCACAAGUGCCACCAGUGGCAAGACUGCAAGGAUUUCCGGCUCAGGACGGUCUACACGCCCUCGGGUAUACGAUGUGCGUGGUGCGAGAAAAGUCACCCACAAAAGUUCCGUGACGAGGAUGGUGAAUUGCACACGAUGGGGUCAAGGGACUUCACCUACGAAACCUCCGAAUCUGGAAAACCGGGAGACGUUCACGCGGAACGGAUAUUGGGGCCCAAAUUGAAAGACAUUGUGGAGUGGUUGACUGGCACCGAGCCGGCAUCAAACGGUGGUGACGGUGACCGUGCCGGUGAGGGCGAUCGUGACGGGGGUGACGGCCGCGGCGGCGGCGGCGGUGAUGAUGAUGAGAAUGCUGCUGCUGCUGCUGCUGCUAUUACAUGCACAACGCCGGCGAAGCGUCUUAACUGACGUCCGUGUAUCAACUAUAUAUGUCGACAGUUUUCCUGGACGGAAACAUGUUCCUCUCGCACCAUCCUCGAGCACGACUUUCAUCUUCAGAACGACAACAAGGCAGCAAAGGAGUGCUUCCAAUAUCGAUUGUUAUUGUUCGAAAAACGACCUUUCAAGUCCCUCUCUUGACGACGAGCCUGCCUCUCUCCCUCUCCCUUGCAUACACACGCACGCACAUAACAAAACCUUCGACCCUUUCUCUCAAACCCGGUUUCCUCGAAGAUCGACAGGGGCGGGGGCAAUGUGCGAAAAAGUCAUUCAGACGUUCAGUUGCGGACACAGACGUGUCACGGUCCGGGAAUGCUACAGUUCUCGUUGUCGAGGAACACGAGAAACGAGAAUCAACGGAGGUGGUCGGUGCGCCGAUUGUCUCAGACGAUGGCGCGGAAUCGGCGGAGCGUCUUCUGUUAUGCCUUUGGUCGAGGAGCCGGCAACGACUUCUGAG